GCGGAUUUUGCGGGCCGUCGUUUGUCGUAAAGAGUCCAAGAUAUGCUACCGGAAUUCUUAUCAAGAAAGAUGGUGAUGUGAAUGGCGAUAUGGCAAGAGCAUACCUCGCUCUGCCCGAUGAGGAGAAGAAUGAUGUGCGUCGCUCACAGGAGCGGUAUAGCAAGGCUGAUCGCACCGCCUAUGAUCGGAUUUUAGGCUGGGAUAAUGUGUUGUCCGCGAAAUGGAACCCAGAGACUCGCGGGAGCCUUCCAAGGGCCUUUGGUCUCAUUCAGUUCAAGAAUGGCAGUACCAACAUUCUCAGCCGAACUACACUGAGAAAGGUUCUAGGGGCAAGAACUGCAGAUGCCGAGAUCAAUCGAUUCUACCAGGAGCUAGAUAUAACGCCCCCAUGGGCCACCAUGCCAAGAUUCAAAGCGAUCCUUGGACCAGAGAGAGCUCCCGUAGAGAGCGCGCAUAAAAAUGCGGCGGUGCUGGGGUCGGUCGGUACCUCUAGUAGUGAUGACAGCUGGGCUGUCCGUCGCAAGUAUGCUGUUCGGAGCCAGUACCCCGAUAAGGAAAAGCGAAGUGUUAAUACACAGCAAGACAGAAGAUCUGAGGACGCGAUCAGGACUAUGAUCGAACAGCAUCAACAGCAGAUGAAGGCAAUGACCGAUACUAUCACAGAGCUACUGAAACGUGUUAAUAUGUGACACGCUGCUAUGCUUGUUGGUGUUGAAUUGCUGUGUAAGGACUGUAGCUUAUAUAACUAUUAAGGCAGCCAAUGAGGCGACACAUUGAAUCCAAACCUCUCUAACGCCAGUGGGAGUACAGAUUAGAUUAGUCAUAUUUGCUCAACAUCAGUUUCUGUAUUGGUUUUCUUUCUGCUUUCGGGAUUAUUUAGUUUUACGACUGUUCCUAGCUCGAUUUGGAUUUUGGCUUCCAGGCUUGACAUGUGCUUGUCCUAGCUAGUGGUGACCACAUCGUGUUUGGAGACUGUCUUUUAGCCAAAAGAAGAGAGAGCCAGGAUGAAGAGU